AUGAUGCAAGAAUAUUUUUCUGAACUUCAAAAAAGUUUAGAUGGCAUUCCUCCUGAAGAAAUAAUCAAUUAUGAUGAAACCAACAUUACUGACGAUCCUGGAGUUAAAAGGGUCUUUGGCCGAAGAGGAUCAAAACGUGUGUACCGUAUGAUGGGCAGUUCAAAAAGUAGUAUUAGUGUCAUGUUCUGUGGCACAGCUAGUGGUGAGCUGCUUCCACCUUAUGUAGUUUAUGGUGCAUCGCAUGUGUAUGAUACUUCGAGGCAGGGCGGCCCAAAAGGUGCACUUUAUGGAUGUUCAAAAACUUCCUGGUUUAAUGAAAUUAUAUUUUCAGAUUGGUUCGAAGGAAUCAUACUUCCAUAUGUGAAAAAGCUGCCCAAAGAAGUGCCGAAGGUUGUAAUAGGAGAUAACUUGUGCAGUCAUAUCUCCAUAAAUGUUUUACAGAAGUGCAGGGAGCAUAACAUUAAAUUUAUAUUACUGCCACCCAAUUCAACACAUCUGUGCCAACCUGUUGACGUGGCUUACUUCCGUCCACUGAAGGCUGAGUGA